CUCGCACACACGAACACACAGACACACACCCACACAGACACACGCACACGGGACCUCGCGUUUUAUUUCGGUCAGACACAAGGUGGAGAGGCUGAGGACCCGCUGACUGAUGAGAGGCGCUCUGCUCCGACCGGAAGUUGCAGACCUCGAAGAGCUUCGUGAUGGAUGACUUCAUCGCGGGAUGCAUCGGCGGAGGCUGCAGCGUGGUUGUGGGACAUCCGCUGGACACAGUGAAGACGCGGCUCCAGGCGGGGAAAGGCUACAAGAACAGUUUCCACUGCGUCCUCACCAUCUACAGGAAGGAGACCGUGGCGGGCUUCUUUAAGGGAAUGUCCUUCCCGCUGGCCAGCGUCACCGUGUACAACUCGGUGGUGUUCGGCUUCUUCAGCAACACGCAGAGGCUCAUCAGCCAGUAUCGCUAUGGCGACGGCCGGCGGCCCUGCAGCAUGGCGGACCUGACCUUGGCCAGCAUGCUGACCGGUCUGAUGUCGGUGGGCCUGGGGGCCCCGGUGGACCUGGUCAAGAUCCGACUGCAGAUGCAGACGCAGAUGGUUCUCGCGGAGAACCUGCACCUCGCCGCCAACGUGCCGAACGGCACCACCAUCCCCCUGCGCUCCUCCGUCGCCCUCCCCGCCCAGAGGCUGUACCGGGGGCCCGCGCACUGCAUCAGCAGCAUCCUGCAGACCGAGGGCCUGCAGGGCCUGUACAGGGGCGCCGGCGCCAUGAUCCUCAGGGACGUGCCCGGGUACACGCUCUACUUCAUCCCUUACACCCUCCUCUGCGACCUGCUGAAGCCCGACGGCACCUCCAGCUUGCACCCCGGCUCCAUCUGGCUGGCCGGAGGACUCGCAGGGUCCAUCUCCUGGGUCACGGCCACGCCGGCCGACGUGGUGAAGAGCCGCCUGCAGGCCGACGCCCAGCUGCAGAGGAAGUACAAGGGCAUCGUGCACUGCAUCGUCAGCAGCUACCGGAAGGAGGGCGCGCAGGUGUUUUUCCGCGGCGCGUCGGUCAACGCCGUCCGAGGCUUCCCGAUGAGCGCCACCAUGUUCCUGACCUACGAGCUCUCCCUGCAGUUCUUCAGGAGUUUCUAGGACGGGGGCAGCAUGUCGGGGGCGUGGGGCUCAAUCUGAAAUCAGAUUUGUAAAAAAGGCCCCAGUGUCUUUCAGACGUCAGACCGUUAGCUGCUGAUUGCUAGCUUGCGCUAGCUUACGUUGUCGCCGACCUUCUCGCAACUCAGAUUGGUCGUUUCAUUAUAGGAGCGUGAUUACUGAUUGAAUGUAAAGUUAUUAUAUUAUUCAUCAGCUCAUUCGCAGAAACAAUAACAGCAGCAGCACCUGACUACUUGAACCCACGUCCUGCCCGUAGCUAGCUAACGUUGGCUGCUUGGCUAAACAGAGCUAAUGGCUAACAUUAGCGCAGGUUGCAAUGACUGACAUCAUUAUGCCAAGCUCUAUUAGCUAAAGAUUCUAUGGGACGGGUGAAUUACAAUGCAGUGUUCAUGAGGUCAUUUUAUUUUUGGGGGCUAUAAACUUGAAUUAUUCCAGUUAUUUGAAAAAAUAUAUUUUCACAGCAUGGAUUUGUACUUGAUGUUGGCCAAAUUACCGUUAUCUGAAUCAGGGAAAGACGUCUAUAUAGAUAUAUGUUUGCAUUUCUUAUAUUAAGAAAGGGGAGUUUAACGAGUCAUUUUUCACUUUUCACCGUGUUCAUUUAACAGUGUGACUCAGAUGCUAUGAGCUACUGCAGCACAGUUACAUUAUUAUAAGACUGCAGGAUAAAUGUAGAAUUACUAAUCUCAAAAAUUUCCCGGCAUUUGCGGCUAACGAUGUAAACAAGAAGUUGUCACCUAAUAAUUUAAAUCAGGAGUCCGUGGGUAUUGUGGACGUAAAGAAGCAGUUUCUUCACAUUUUGGAGUAAGCACUUUCAUAGAAAUGGUCUUCUACCGCCUAAUAGCUAUGUUUUAAAUAGUUUUCUUGACAUGUAAAUAUUUGUAAAUAUGUAAUCUGCCAUUUCAAAUGGCGGAGAGAUGAAAGCGUUUUAUUGUAAAUAAAUGAAAGCUCUUAAACACAA